AUGGUGCCUGGGAAAAAGAGCCUGGCAGUCGCCGCCCUGUCCCUCUGUGGACUUGGGAAUGCCCAGCAGAAUAUCACGUCGGAUGACUACUUCUACGGGCAGUCGCCACCGGUGUACCCGUCGCCAAAUAUAACCGGCACUGGUGACUGGGCUACGGCCUACCAGAAGGCUGCGGCACUAGUGGCGCAGUUAACUCUGGAAGAAAAGAACAACCUCACCUACGGAAUCGAAACAACUGAUAACGGCUGUGCUGGAAAUAUUGGUGCCAUUCCUCGUGUUGGUUUCCCGGGACUAUGUCUCCAAGAUGCUGGCAAUGGUGUUCGGGCUACAGACUUCGUGAACAGCUAUCCUGCUGGUCUUCACGCAGCCGCUAGCUGGAAUAAGACCCUCGCCUACGAACGGGGCUGGCAUAUGGCAGGAGAAUUCAAGACCAAGGGCGUUCAGGUCGCCCUGGGGCCAGUCGUUGCACCAUUGGGAAGACUCACAACGAACGGACGGAACUGGGAAGGCGGUGCGGCUGAUCCUUAUCUGUCUGGUGCCAUUGGUGCGGCCACCGUCGAGGGAACCCAGGACCGUGGUGUGAUGUCCAGCGUAAAGCAUUUCAUCGGGUACGAGCAAGAGCUUUAUCGCAACCCUACCAUCAACGAUGCCGGCGAGAUUGCGAUUCAAUCUAUCUCGAGCAAUAUCGAUGAUAAGACCCUACACGAGCUUUACCUGUGGCCUUUUCAAGACACUCUCAAAUCGGGCGCAGCUAACAUUAUGUGCUCAUAUAAUCGACUGAACAACUCGUACGCCUGCCAGAAUAGCAAAGCCCUCAACGGCCUCCUGAAGACCGAACUUGGUUUCCAAGGCUUUGUCGUCACCGAUUGGGGUGGCCAGCAUUCUGGCGUUGCAUCUGCCUUGGCCGGUCUCGAUAUGACUAUGCCUACUGGCAAUAAUUUAUUCCAACCCGGGGAACAUUUCUGGGGCCCCCACUUCACGACAGCUAUCAACAACGGCAGUGUGCCUCUUUCCCGUUUGGAUGACAUGGCAACCCGAAUCCUCGCUGCUUGGUACAAAUUAGGCCAGGACUCUCCCGAGGAGCCGACGCCGGGAAUCGGCAUGCCUUUUGAUAUUAGUGGGCCUCAUGAGUUCGUGAGUGCACUCACGAACGAAGCCAAGCCUACUCUCUGGGCGGGGGCGCUAGAAGGCCAUGUCUUGGUCAAGAAUGAUGGGGCGCUCCCUCUAAAAUGCCCUAAGUUAAUCUCUGUCUUCGGAUAUGACGCUAUUGCACCACCGCAAUUUAUCCCUAAUAAUGCCGUGGCAAGCGACCCCUGGGAGCUGGGCUUUGAGCCUGCCUUCUUCCAGCUGGAUGUACUGCCCAACAGCCCGCAUAUUGUUGAUGCGCCUGCCAUUGAUCAGGUUGCCCUCAAUGGUACACUUAGCGUGGGAGGCGGGUCUGGUGGUAACGCCGGCCCUUAUCUGAGUGCUCCUCUCGAUGCUCUUCAGCAGCGAGCCUACCAAGAUAACACCAUGGUUCAGUGGGAUACAUCCAAAAACCUGACUUCUCUUGGCGGCAACCGAGCCGCCGAGGCCUGUCUUGUCUUCAUCAACGCCUUCGCCACGGAAGGCGUGGACCGACCCGGAACCUACGACAGCUACUCCGAUAACCUCGUCGCGAAAGUUGCGUCCAAUUGCUCCAACACCAUCGUGAUAAUCCACAACGCCGGUGUUCGCUUAGUGGAGUCCUUCGUGGACAACCCCAAUGUGACUGCUAUUGUCUACGCCCAUCUGCCCGGCCAAUACUCCGGCCGCGCCAUUACCUCGCUGCUUUACGGCGAUGACAACUUCAGUGGCAAGCUGCCGUACACAGUUGCCAAGAACGAGACGGACUUCCCAGCCUACUGGCACAGCUACGGAGAGGCUCCCUACCAGGAGUUCCCUCAGUCAGACUUCAACGAGGGCGUCUUCAUCGACUAUCGACACUUUGAUGCGCAUAACAUCACUCCACGAUAUGAGUUUGGUUUUGGCCUCUCUUACACCACUUUUGGCUUCUCGGAUGUUCAGGUAUCCUGUCUCGAGAGCGGGCUGGAUACCUAUCCUAGUGGACAUAUUGAGCAGGGCGGCGCAGUCGAUCUGUGGGAUAACAUCGCAAAUGUUACUGCUACUGUCACCAACACUGGCAGCGUGACUGGAUCGGAAGUGGCGCAGCUCUAUGUUGGUAUUCCUGGGGGUCCUGUGCGCCAGUUGCGUGGAUUUGAGAAGGUCAUGCUUGCGCCGGGCGCAUCUAGCCCCGUCACCUUCCCGUUGACCCGUCGCGACCUCAGCACCUGGGACGUUGUAGCUCAGAAAUGGGAGCUCCAGAGUGGAUCUUAUCAUGUCUAUGUGGGAUCCUCCAGCCGGGACCUGCCUCUUACUGCUAGUUUCCAGAUUACCACCUCAAGCUCAUAG